GAGGGAAAAUUGCUCUCCAAAGAAACCCUCUACGGCUACGGUAGUUGUUUUUUCCCACCACAUCUUUGAAUCCGGAGUAGAAAAGCGUAACUCAAAGGAAUCUAAAGCUUGAAGGCCCACCCACUUCGGGGGAGAAUGUUAACUUUUGUUAGCAAGCUAUCAUAGCCACACUUUUACAUUUUCCCUCCUUAAGCUCAUAGCAUUCCUGAGAAAACGAAAUGGCAGAGGCCUCCGCCGUGGUUGCUAGCAGCUUGGCUCUCAUUCGCCUCAGUGCGAAGGUUUUCAAACUUUGCUAUGACUACUACAAUACAGUCAAGGGGAGCCAAAAAGAUUUCAAGAAACUGGGGGACGAGAUUAAAAGUAUCCAUCAACAACUGGAGGAAAUCCGAAGCCUUGCCGCCGGAGACGAUGAGAACGAUCCACAAUACCCUAGCCUUCUUCAAUGGGCAAAAAAUGAAAGUCUGAAAGAUUACAAGACAACCCUACAGGAACUGGAGGAAAGGUUAGAUGUCCGGGAAUGGAGGAAAUCUACGAGAAAAUAUGUUUGGCCUUUUCGUAGACCCAAGAUAAACCAUUACUUAGGCUUGGUUGAAGAGCAGAGAUCCAAACUUCAUCUUUUAUUAACCACAGCCACAAUGUAGGUUAUCCAUUCUUCAGUACCCCGAGAGUCUAACUUCUCCGCCUCCUUGUUUGUUUUCACGGCGGGGCUAACUAAUAGUAUAGGAAGACGGUAACUAAAGUAUUGCGAAAACUAGAUGGUACUUGGUCGCAUUAUUCCUAAUCCGGUUAAUUAAUUAUCUUCUCUACUAAUAUCAGAGAUUUCGGGUACCCUAGACAAUGAAUUCCGGAAGAUUCUGAAAUGGCUUAAAGUCGUUGACCCAACCUCGAAUUAUUCAUCAGCACUUGCUCUUCGUGAGCCU